UUUAGACAAGAAAGCGAUAAUGAGGAGAGCGAAUGGUCGGAACCCGAUCUGCCGGAAACGUUACCCCCGGAAGCGGAAAGUCAGUCCGCUCACACUUACGACAGUCAGAUGAAGGGGCCUCACCAUCGACACACCCCCAGCCAGGACUCUUGCUGUUCCAACGAUACGCUUUUCAACUUGGAAGAUCUGACGUGCGUCGCCGGAGACGCCGAAAAGGAGAAUGAUCUCGUAAAAUGUGACGUUCCCGAAACGGAAGUUCCAGUCGAGAAUAUAUUGGAAAGUAACGAGGUUACGUUCGAAGAGAUAUGCGUGGACUUCGAGGAAAAAACCCCAAACACGAUUCCCGAUAACGUUAACGAGACGGGUGUAAAAUCCGAGACAAAUAACAACACCAAAGACGAGAAUUUGAAUAGUACGAAUGCGGAAGAAACGGAGGACGUCCAGGCGGGUUCCAAUUUGAAUAUCGAAGGUGAUCGGGGGAGAAACGCGUCCGAAAUGAAAAAUAACGAAAGCAGGGAUUAUAUAAGCGAAUUCCUCACCCAAGAAAUCGAACACAGUUCUAAACAGUCCAGCGAAGGAUCAAGUUCCGAAUCGACGGAAGGAAACGCGAUGGUUUUCAAGAAGACCCAAGUCGCCCCGCUACCGUCUCCCGAGGACAACCCCUGGAAGCAACUGCCCGCCUCCUUGUUGAGCUACGACAAAGUAAUCUCUCAAAACAAUUCGCUACUCUUGCCCGCGACUGAAUCAAACGACGUAGUACCUGAAUUCAACGAUCUUCCCGAACCCAAUGGUAUAACGGAAUCUCAACACGAACCCGUCGGCGAGGAGUGCUCGACGUUUCAAGACGAUGACGUUCACGGGAACAUCAAACACGAACAACCGGAUUAUGAAAAUAUCAAAGUGAAGGAACCGUUCUACGAGAACGUGAAAGACGCCCCGCCGGUUUACGAAAACGUGAAAGACGCGCAACCCGUCUAUGAAAACUUUGACGUUUCCAGCGAUAUUUAUAACGAAGUGGACUACGUGAACAUAGUGAAUCUGGAGAACAGCAAGAAUAACGUCGAGUACAUGAACGAGAAGAAAGACUGUGCCGUCUGCGAUCAGGACGAUAAUAAAAUCGAGACCGGCCGCGACGAGGACAUAUUCGGCAUGCUGACCGAUAUAAAAUUCAACGGGCCCACCGAAAACCAGUUAAUUUCGACGUCGUUCAGCGAGAGCAACGAUAUCAACGACGAACAGGACUGGGACAGCGGUUCGGACACGAGGUCGAGUUCUAGCGGCGAGUUUAUUUGGAAGGAGGGGGAGCAUGAGGAGUCUCUCAAGGCCCUACGAGCUGCCCCGCAAGACGUGUUGGAAGACAUCAAACCGAUGGAAGGGAUAGCGGAGGAGAGCACCGAUGAUGAGAGCGACGUGAGCAGCGGCACCAGCGAUGAGGAGGGGGAGGCGCCCGAGUUUGUCCCGUCUGCGUGGGAUAAGUUUGCCACCCCGAUGAAGUCGGCCCUCAGGUCGCCGGAGAAAACCCUCGGAAAGACGGAGAAGAAUAAAUCGAAAGGCGUUUGGUUUAAGAAACAAAAGUACCACUGUGUCUAUGAAUAUCCAAGGGAACCCGAGAGCCCCGUUUUACAGAGUCAAGAUUUAUGGAAACCUCAAUUGGAUUACAGUUCGUUUACAGACUGGGAAUUUGACGCAGACACAUAUUUCCCCACAUCGGUGGACGAUAACGAUAUUUUCCCAAGUGGGUAUAGCUACCAACCCAAAAGCGUUUCCAGUAGAAAUCUGUACCAACUGACCAAUAUAUCUGAUUUUGUCCCAAGUAUCGCCGGCCUGGAAGACGAGUUUUUCGUUAGUAGUUCCGCGAGGCCCUUCGACGCCGUCAGUAAUCUGAGCUCGCAGUUCUUCCCGGGCGGCUCCGCCUGGAACGGGGAGAAUGCGACCCCGGACAGCGGCAUGGAAGACGGCACGCCGGGCAGCUCGACGGAGACGAACGAACCCGACGUAAAGACGCAUUUGGUCGUGAGUCUGAAGAACUUGGCGUCGGAGGCUGUUAAAAAAAGUAAGCAGACGAGCAUCAAGAGCAACGACUCCCUAGGCGGCCUCAGGCACACCAGGAACAAGUUAAAAUUAGAUCUGCCGCCAAGUCCGAGCGCUUUCACCUCUACGAAGAUGUUCACCGUGGAGCCCAUGCCGGAGCCGGUGAUCAGGGAGAAGCCGACGUUUACGACGUUUGGGAAGAGCAGGUUUUCGGUCCAACAUGUGGAUACGCCGCCGGACGAAUCGAAGAAUAAGAACGUCUCGUUCGAGGCCUUGCCGUACAAGCCGUUGGCAGAAAUGGAGCCCUGCGAGGAUGUCGAUCACCAAAGCAAGUUCAGCCGGGAAAAGCACAUUUUACAGGAUAAAUUCGAUUGCGGCAAAGGGCACAGCGAGUUCAUAAGGGGAGAAGCUAGUUUGCUGGACAGCGCAGACGAAGAUAGCGGCAUCGAGUCCAGCACGCUCGAGAGAAAAACGAGUAACUAUGGCCUGCUGCAGUGAAGCAGUAACUUCUUUGUUGGAAUUGAUUUUUGUUGUUACGGGAACGUAAAAGGGCCGGAUAUUUAUCUUUUUUGUCUGUUUAAAAUUUUGAAUUCUGUUUUUAUCACUUUUAUUCCCAAUUUAAGAAAUUUUGGGGUUAAAUGAGAAAUUUUAAUUCGAACUUGAAACUUUGUGUUUAAACUCGAAAUUUCGCAAUUUAACUAGAAAUUUCUCGCUUCUACUUUGAAUUUCGUUUAUCAACUUGAAAUUUCAAGUUUUUGAAUUAGCAAAUUUGAAUUUAGAUACAAAAUUUUGGAAUCCAACUGGAAAUUUCGACUUAAAACAAGAAAUUUGGAAUUAGAACUUACAACUUUGUGUUGAAACUCGAAAUUUUUAGUUUUUGUGGCUUGAAAUAUAAAAUUUC